AUGUCUGGCUUCUUUGUUCUCAUUAAGAUAACAGAGAUUGGAAUACAUAGACACUUUCCUUUAAUAGUUUGUGACCCUGAACUAAAUCCAGAACUUAACGUUCCCAGAAGUUCAAACACUUGCUGUUUAAUGUAUGUUGACCAUAUAACAUUACAAGACCUCAUAAAAUAUCAAGGUGUCAAAUGUGAAGUGUUGCAAGGAUACUAUUACGAUGGAAACAGAGAUAUUAGAAUAAGAGAUGAAGUAAAGAAGUUGUUUGAGUUAAGGUUAAAGUAUAAGAAAGAAGGAAAUCCUUUGCAAGAAAAUAUAAAGCUCAUUCUGAACAGUAUUUAUGGCAAAACUAUUCUAUCUCCUAUUGAGUCAAAAAUAACCAUAGUAGAUGACAAAGAUGCUAUAAGAUAUGCCAUCAGAAACUACAACCAUAUAGUGAAGUUCGAAGGUUUGGAUGGUUCAGAUAAAACUAUUUUCAAGCUAACGAAAAGCAUUUGCAGACACUUUAACUUCUGUCCACUUGGUGUUAACAUUCUGUCUAUGUCGAAGAGAAUAAUGUGUGAAGUAUUCUGUACUGCUGAGGACUUAGGAAUGGACAUCUUUUAUAGCGAUACGGACAGUAUGCAUCUCUACAAUGAAGAUAUCCCUCGUUUAGCUGAAGAGUUUGAGAAACGUUAUGGAAGAGUUCUCAUUGGUAAAAACCUUGGUCAAUUUCAUAGCGACUUUGCAGAAAUCACAAAAGAUAAACAAAGUUUAGCAUACAAGUCAAUAUUUUGUGGAAAGAAGACUUACAUAGACUUACUCACGAAUGAUUUAAAUGAAGUUGCAUUUCACUGCAGAAUGAAAGGCGUGAAGCAAGAUGUUAUUGCUUUAACCGCU